CACCGUAAUUUUAUUUUGAAUCAGCUUCAAUUAAUUUAAUUUCACCAUGAAAUGAUAUCAUUGAAUUUAGCUAUCAGCAAUGUUUGAGCUAAAGGCGUGUGUGGUUUGUUUAAGUACUGCUGUGAAGUUUAAUAACAUUGACAGUGGUCCAUUGAGACAAGAAUAUAAUCUUAUAUCUGGACUAAAGACACAAACUGGAAAUGGUUUACCAGCAUAUAUGUGCAUAGAAUGCACAGCAUAUGUUAAGCGUUUUAUAAAAUUUCGGAAUAAAUGCCAAAGAGCUUACUAUACUUUAAUACAGCUAUUGGAAACAAAUAAACAGAUAACUGAACCCUUACUCAAUGAACUUAACAGAAAAAGGAUAAGAGUGAACCCUACACUGUCAUUCCUUGAUGCAAAUAAUCCAAAAGUAAAGUAUGAAAAUAUUAAGUUUAAAUGGGUGAAGGAGAGUCGGGUUCCCACACUCACAAGUGCCAUACCAACGUUACAUUAUAGUACCAUCUCUAAUGAUGUUGAAUUUGAAGUGCCAGCUAAAAGGGCCAAAAUUGAUAAUGAAGUUAUAAAUAACAAUACAAAUACCGUAGAAUCAAAAGACGAACAGGAUCUUCAAUUGAAUAAAGAUGAGGAACAUACUGAUGACUUUUUUGACAAUAAUGAAAUAGACAACAAUGAUGUGCAAUGUUUUGAUAAUGACAACGAAGAUGAUGUGGAUGGAACUAAUCUCGACGAGGAGUAUGCGACCGUGGUACCAAUUACUAUGAAAGAGGCGAAAGCAGUGGUUGAAGUGUAUAAAAUGUUUUCGCAAGGCAAAUUUCAGUGUAAAGUGUGUAGCAAGGCAUAUUAUACUGAAGCUCGGUUGAAGAUUCAUAUGAGGAUGCAUGAUACACAUACAAGUGGUAAAUUCUAUUGUGACUUGUGUGGUUAUUACUACAAGACUGAAUUUCAACUCAAGACGCAUAUUUCCGGAAAGCACAUGUAUAAGUAUAUUUGCAGGAAAUGCCCUGAAGUCAGCUUUGAUCGCACUUCAGCAAAACAGCAUUUCAUUUGGACCCACCUCCAAAAGGGAUCUAAAAAGCAUGCCAAUUGGUACGAAACAAAGCCCUGUACGAAAGGUAAGAAACAAAAGAGCGUGCUUUCGUUACGACCAGUCAGAAAAACUAGAAAAUUACCAUCAGACUUCCCAGUUUACUCGCCCGUAAGUCAAGAGGAACAAUAUGAAAUUGUCAAUCAGAGACGUCUGUCGAAGAAUUAUUUGGACUCUGCUUUCAAGUGCAACCAAUGCUUUAGAGGCUUCCGAGAGUCGAGUACUUAUGAGAACCACAUGAAGAAACAUGACCCGAACAUAUCAGGCAAGUACCAGUGUGAUGCGUGCAAGGUGUAUGUAGUGAAUCCGCGCCAGAUGUACAAGCAUAUGACAGUGAGCCAUCUCUUUAAGUACUCCUGCCAAUACUGCUCAUAUACUUGCUACAAUCGGGGACAAGCAAAACUCCACUAUAGGUGGCAUAAAAAUGUAACCUACUCAUGUCCACAUUGCAAGAAGGAAUUUGUCAAAGCCUCAACGCGUCUAACACACAUACGCAUAAAACACCCGUCGACGUUUAUAUGCACGCUAUGUGGGCACAGCUUCGUGAGCGAGACUGGACUGUAUUGUCAUAAGAAAAUCGUGCAUACUAAAGAAGAAAUAGAGGCCAGCGAGCGACAAGAGAUAGAACCGAACAGCACUCUGUAUUGCGCCGAGUGUGCGCUACAAUUUCACAACGAAGCUGCAUUUGCUACGCAUUUUGGCAGCUCUAAUAAACACGCUGAAACUAAUCUAUCAAUAAAGCCAGUGAAAUCUAAGGGCGUCAGAAAAUCCCGCGGCCGACCGAGGCGUUCCGAUUCUAACAUACUCAACAACGGCAUGGCCACACCUAGUCAAUGUGAAAUUUGCAAAAAAUUCUUAUCGAACGACGUGCAAGCCCGCAAACACUAUGAGUCUGAACAUCCCGGCACUGACUUCCUCAAGCGGUACAUGUGUGAUAUAUGCGGACAUACUACACGACAACACGCAAACCUAAUGGUGCACAUGCGUACACACACGCUUGAGAAACCGUACGCGUGCCCACACUGCGAACGGCGAUUUAGCAUGCCCAGCAAUAGAGAUCGACAUCUUGUGGUACACACCGGCGAAAAACGCUUCCAAUGUGAGCAUUGCAACCGUCGCUUCUCGCAAAGCAGUGCGGUCAAAUUGCACAUACAAACGGUCCAUCUUAAGAUACCCUACGCUCCAUGGGACAAGAAGAAUAGAAAAAGGAAGAAAGAUCUAUCAGCAGCCGCAGUCACACUGCAGAAACAAGAGACACAGAGCGAAUAUAUUAAUGCGUAUAUGUUUAAUUUGUAAAAUAAUUAUAAUGGAUUUGUUAAUUUUGAUAUGGGAAAAAAUUACAUGAGAAUUGGAAGAAUUUAUGUUUGUUGUACUUUUGACCAU